UGGUCCACGUCCUUUGCCGGCCUCGGCAGCGCGCCGUUCGAGCCGCGCAUCGCAGACAUCCUCGGCCGCGAGGUCAACGGCGAGGACGUCGAGAUCAAGCCGGAUGGCCUGCUCUACCUGCCGGAGAUCAAGUACCGGCGCAUUCUGAACGAGGCCUUCGGGCCAGGCGGCUGGGGUCUGGCGCCGCGGGGCGAGACCAACGUGGGCACCAAGAUCGUGAGCCGGGAAUGGGCAUUAGUGUGCUUGGGGCGCUUCGUGGCGACGGCUCGCGGCGAGCAGGAGUACUUUGACCCGGCCGGCGUGGCGACGGCGAGCGAGGCGGCAAAGUCCAACGCGCUCAUGCGCUGCUGCAAGGACCUGGGCAUCGCGCACGAGCUGUGGAGCCCGCGCUGGAUCCGCAACUUCAAGGCCGCCAACUGCGUCGAGGUGUGGACGGAGAAUGCGAGCACGGGACGCAAACGCAAGAUGUGGCGCCGCAAGGACUCGCCGCCGCUCGAAUACCCCAACAAGGAG